AUGGCUCAGUAUGAAAAUGCUCAAGUUUCGGCCCUCGGGUUGACAGCCAAACAGUAUUCCGCCUCUUCAGAGCUAUUUUCCACAGACCUUACGGCUCUUCCUACAGAGGCGGUCCUUGCCACGUCGACCAUUUGGCCUGAAAUCAACCGCCUAUAUGGGCAUCCAUACGAAAUAUAUUCGAUUGCUGUUUCGCCAUGUGGAAAUAUCCUAGCAACUGCUUGCAAGUCGACCUCGGUAGAAUAUGCCGGCAUUCGCCUGUAUGUGCGGAGUGAAGGGUGUGACAACUGGAAACAGAUCAGCGCAUCUCCUUUGCUUGGACAUUCUCUCACCAUAACACAGAUGGCCUUUAGCGCCGAUUCCCGCUACUUGCUGUCCCUUUCCAGGGACAGGUCCUGGAUGAUACAUGAUGUUUGUUCCCAAAACCAUGAAAUCAUACCCAAGUUGGUGGCAUGCAGGAAGAAUGCGCAUGCCCGGAUUAUUUGGUCUGGCUGCUUUUUGUCCUCCUGUGGUGGUUCGCUAUUAAUUGCAACAGCCUCCCGAGACAAGUCCGUAAAGGUUUGGGAGAUUGCUACAGAACAGACCACAACAAGCUCGGAAGCAUCUGUUUCGCUGCUGGCAAGUUAUUCUUCUCCAACAUCUGUGCCAAUGUCGAUUUGCUCGAUUUCUUCGAGCCACAUGGUAGCGGGCUAUGAGGAUGGCUCAAUCAAUAUAUUAUCCGUGAAAGAAAAGAGCUGUAUCAGAAGCAUUUCUAUGGAGCUUUGGGGGGGCGGGCAUUCUGGGCCAAUCACGGCUCUUGCUUGCUGGAGCACCGCCGAAGGCUUGUUGGUUGCAUCUGGCAGCGAAGACACUACCGUCCGCAUACAUCGGUUGGUACAUUUUACCUGCGAUGAUAUUUAA